AUGGCACGUCCACAGAUGAAAAUCAAUUGUUAGAAUAGGCUUGGCAAUAAUGCACUCCAUAUUGGUCCUCAUGAGUACUGUCUUCAUAUACAUAUCAAUCAUCGGAAUAACAGGAGGAGCCAUAUAUGCACCGAAUGCAAAGCCUGGUUGUCCAACCCACUGCGGAAACGUAACCAUUCCAUUCCCUUUCGGAAUCGGACAAAACUGUUAUAUUAACAAAUGGUUCGAACUGGAAUGCCUCAACGCCACCGCUGCCGCCACCAGCCUUAUCUUGAAACGCACGAAACUAGAGGUGCUCAACAUAUCGGUCAACGAUGGCACCCUUCAGGCCAUAACCCCAGUAACCCUCUUCAAUUGCCCAAACAAGAAAGAAGGUGGUACUACUCUUCGUCAACUCACUGAUCUAAAAGGAACCCCUUUUAGUUUUGGUUUUGGCAACAUAUUCGCCGCAGUGAGUUGCGGCGCCGAGGCUAUUAUAGACUCAAGUUUCAAUAAUACAAUCGUUCAGGUCGGGUGCAAGUCGACCUGUUCAAGUAUUACUAAUAGUACUACUGCUACCAAAACUAUUAACAGUUGCGAUGGUGUAGACUGUUGCAAAUCAACCAUUCCCUCACCUCUUACGCCCUUCCAAAUCGUAUUCCGGAAUUCGUCCUCCACAAAGGUGAGAGAAAAUGAAUGCAAAUACGCGUUCUUUGUGGACGAAACCUGGUUUGGGAAACAAGUUUUUCCAAUUAAUUUUGACAUGGAUUCGGUCCCGGUCAAUCUGGACUGGUACUUGGAUCAAUCAAGUGAUGAUUGGGAACAUUUUUCCUCCAUGGGUGAGUUGGUUGGCUUAGUUAUUUACACUCGAGUAAAUCAAUCAUCAAAGUUUAGAUGUGUGUGCAAAAAUGGAUUUCGAGGAAAUCCUUAUCUUUCCGGAGGAUGUAAAGAUAUUGACGAAUGCAGUGAAGAUCCCAUGAUCUGUCCUGAACCGGGUGCCACUUGCAUUAAUAUAGACGGCUCCUAUACAUGCGAGAAGCCAGAGAGGGAUACCAAAUUGCUUAUUGGUAUUGGCAGUGGUAUUGGAUCGUUGUUGGUAGCUGCUAUGGCAUGGGGUUUAUACAAGAUUGUUGAGAAAAUAAAAGAUGCAAAGCGCAAGAAAUCAUUCUUUAAACGAAAUGGGGGUUUGUUGUUACAACAGGAAACAUCUGCUGGAAAACCUAAUUUUGAGAAGACUAAGGUGUUUAACUCGAAGGAAGUUGAUAAAGCCACAGAAAAUUUCAAUGUGAAUAGAGUUCUCGGCCGAGGAGGCCAAGGAACUGUUUACAAAGGAAUGUUGGCAGAUGGGAAAAUUGUUGCGGUAAAGAAGUCUACUGUAGUUGAUGAAGCUAAAGUGUCAGAAUUCAUUAAUGAGGUUGUAAUUCUUUCUCAAAUAAAUCAUCGAAAUGUGGUCAAAUUAUUAGGAUGUUGUUUAGAGACAGAAGUUCCUCUUCUUGUGUAUGAAUUUAUACCCAAUGGCACUCUCUCACAAUUCAUCCAUGACCACAAUGGAGACCUUUUACUAAAUUGGCAAAUGCGUUUAAAAAUAGCCAUCGAAGUUGCUGAAGCUCUUUCGUACUUACACUCAGCAGUUUCUUUUCCAAUCUACCAUCGUGACAUUAAGUCUGCAAACAUACUUUUGGAUGAAAAUUUUACAGCAAAAAUUGCUGACUUUGGCACUUCAAGAUCCGUUACUUUAGACCAAACUCAUUUGACAACAGAAGUUUAUGGUACAUUUGGUUACUUAGAUCCAGAAUACUUUCAAUCAAAUCAAUAUACAGAAAAAAGUGAUGUGUAUAGCUUAGGUGUGGUACUUGUGGAGCUCUUAACAGGAGAAAAAGCAAUUUCUCUAUCAAGAUCGGAAGAAAGUUUGGCUACAUAUUUUCUUAUAUCAAUGCAGAAGAAUCGUCUACGUGACAUUCUUCAUGCUCAAGUAUUGGAGGGACCACAAGAAGAGAUUUUGAUUGUUGCAAACCUUGCAAAGCGUUGUUUGGAUUUGAAUGGAAAGAACCGCCCAACCAUGAAAGAGAUAUGUAUGGAGCUAGAAGUCACUAAAAUGAAGGAAACAGCUACUUCUAAUAAUGACCAAGGCGAGGCUCAACCAAUCCAGACUUUGGAUGUUAUAGAAUCUUCAUUUCUCUAUUCUUCUUCUUCUUCUUCGCUACAAGAAAUACCACUAUUGUCUUUCAAAUCUUGCAUUGUAGGAUGGUAGACAUAUCCUCUAACAAAACAAAUGCUACAAUAAUAAUACUAAAAUGUACAAGUGGAUAGCAUGUAUAUAUAGCUUUCCAUGAAAACACAUAAUAUUAUAUAUACAUAUCUGUUACUCUAUUACUAGAUACAAAAGAAAUUUCUACAAUUUUUUAUUACUAUAUUUAGUUAGUUAAAUUUUCAUACUCAUUUGGAGGGAGAUAAGCAAUUCCUAGGAAUUUUUUUUAUAAUAUUAAAAUUUUAUUGUUUAGCUUUCGAAGGGUAUCUCUUUUUUUAUGUAAGUUCCAACGUUAAUGUUGCGGCCUAUAGAUUAGUUUAGCAUGUACUUAGGAUAGACAAUAUUAUUUCUUGCAUGAAAGAAAUCUCUUCACUUUUGCUUUUCCAUAUUUUUUCUCUUACCUAAAACAAUUACCUUUGAAAACAUAUAUAUUAAUAAUUUUUUAUAUAAAUUAUAUUUUGGGUAAAUAAUAAUUAUGUCCUUGGUCUAUGGGUUUUGUAUUA